AUGAGUUUUAAUAAGUACUUGGAGAAGCGCAAAACAGCGCAAAAGCCACCUGCUGAGGACACACGGGAAUCAGGGCGGUUAAAAGGGUCUUCAUUGAAUGAAGAUGUGAUGUUAGAGCUGUUUUCUGCAUUCCAGACCAUUGAUGAGAAGGAUGUGUUUGUGCUAAACAUGCCUGCUACUGCUGGUGCCAGAUGGGCCACUUCGGAUGUAAGUGACGAGGAAACAAACCAGCAUUUUACGGAGAUCCAAUCCGAAGAACUUGCGAUUCUGAGCGAUUCCAGUAACGAUCUAGAGAGUCCUACAAGGUUUGUAAUGUCGGACAGAGCCGAUUUCUGCAGUACAAGUCAGUCGAACAACGAGCGAAUCGAUGACUGGUGUUUGAGUCAUCUCUCUGAGCCGAAGCCCACUUUGCUAGAUCCACCCAAUGCCAGUGUCAGGGAUAAGGCCAAAUCAUGGGGUAUUGACUCAGAAGCUCCUACGUGCAUUGGGCUUACAUUAGAUAGUCAUAUCAUAAAAGAAGGGAGGCCGCUAGGGAUGUCAGCCUAUGAGUCCAACCUCCUGGCUAAACUAUCAGCUGGGGAGAUUGGGUGGUUGGCUAAGUUCAUCAAGGGGUUGGUGCCAUAUUUGUUGCAGGAGAGGGCGGCUAGAAGACCGCCUCAUCCCAAAAGAAGGUAUAAAGAUAUACCAACGUUGUUUCCAGAAAGUAAGCUGCUGGUUGGAGGCUCUCUGGGCAUCGGCAACAUUUCGCCAGUGCUUAAUAUCUGCCAGCAGGUCAGGCAGCUGUUGUUUAACACUUUGGAAGAAUCUACAAAUGAGUCUAUUGACGAUAUCCCGUUGACUCCUGUGUCUUCGCUCUACUCAGAAUCAUGGUAUGGAUGGCAUUUAGUACCCAGAAUUCGCGAGUCCGACUUCUGA